AUGGAAGACAUCCAAUUUCUCUCAGAUCUCCAUUUGGAGGAACCACUCAAUUACCAAUAUUUUAAAACACAUCCUAUAAUUCCUCAAAGCAAAUAUUUGGUGAUCGGAGGAGAUUUAAUCGAUUAUAAUAAUAUCGAAACUAUUAACUGGUUUUUCGAUGAUUGCAGUCAACUCUUCAAAACGGUUUUUAUCGUCUUUGGAAAUCAUGACUUUUACAACUUUAAAAUUCCCCUCUCAGAAAUGAAUCUCCCGUUUCAAUGGGCCGUUCGCAAAAACAUUUUUUAUGUGAAUAACAUUUCCAUCGUUUUUAAUACGACCGAAAUCUUCUUUACCACGUUAUGGAGUUUGUUGGACAAAACGAAAAAAGAGGAAACAAAACAAGCGCCUGAAUUUCGAUACAUAAAAUACACAAAAACGAAAUUACUUGACUUGGAAUCAUAUAACAAAACGUUUGAAAACACUCAUUUGUGGCUUGCAAACAAAAUCCAAACGUCAACAGCAAAACACAAAAUCGUUUUUACACAUCAUUGCCCGACAAAAACACUUGAAACGCCAAGAGAUAAUUGGUUCACUUUUUUUAGAAGUGAUUGUGAUGAUUUGAUUCAAAAAACUGAUUUGUGGGUUUUCGGACACACUCACAAAAAUGUAAAAACUAAAAAAAUCGGAAACGCACUGCUUGCUACAAACCAGUUCGGGCAUUUGUCAAAAAACGAAAAUUUUUCGUUCGAUGGAGAAAUGACAACAAAGAAAGUUUUCAAAAUCUACAACACACAGAGUGUACUAUAA